CGGGCUGCGCUCGCGCAGGAGGGCGUGGGCUGGCAGCGUCUGGCGCGCGCAGGGGAACGCGCGGCCCCGAGCAAGGGAAGGAGGGGCUGGUGACAGUGCGGAGCGACUGCCAGCGUCCGCGCCCCGGGAGCGGCCGGACGGAAGAGAAGGCUCGCCAGACGCCGGUCGGCUGCCCGACCCUUCGGACUCAACCCCGAGCCGAGCGGCCGCAGCUUCUGGUCGGUUGGGGGGAGGCGCUGCGGCCACCCCGGGAAGAUGUUUAACGUGGAGUCUGUGGAGCGGGUGGAGCUGUGCGAGAGCCUGCUCACUUGGAUCCAGACCUUUAAUGUGGAUACACCAUGCCAGACCGUGGAAGAUUUAACAAAUGGGGUUGUGAUGUCCCAGGUUCUUCAAAAGAUAGAUCCUGUAUAUUUUGAUGAUAAUUGGCUAAACAGAAUCAAAACUGAAGUGGGAGACAAUUGGAGGUUAAAGAUUAGCAACUUAAAGAAAAUUUUAAAAGGCAUUUUGGAUUACAAUCAUGAGAUUCUAGGACAGCAGAUUAAUGAUUUUACCCUUCCUGAUGUGAACCUUAUUGGGGAGCAUUCUGAUGCAGCAGAGCUCGGAAGGAUGCUCCAGCUCAUUCUAGGCUGUGCUGUCAACUGUGAGCAGAAGCAAGAGUACAUUCAAGCCAUUAUGAUGAUGGAGGAAUCUGUUCAGCAUGUCGUCAUGACAGCCAUUCAAGAGCUAAUGAGUAAAGAGUCUCCUGUCUCCGCCGGAAAUGAUGCCUAUGUUGAUCUUGAUCGCCAGUUGAAGAAAACAACAGAGGAAUUAAAUGAAGCUUUGUCAGCAAAGGAAGAAAUUGCUCAAAGAUGCCAUGAGUUGGAUAUGCAGGUUGCAGCACUACAAGAGGAGAAAAGUAGUUUAUUGGCAGAAAAUCAGAUAUUAAUGGAACGACUCAAUCAGUCUGAUUCUAUAGAAGAUCCCAACAGCCCAGCAGGAAGAAGACAUUUGCAGCUUCAGACUCAGUUAGAACAGCUGCAAGAAGAAACAUUCAGACUAGAAGCAGCCAAAGAUGAUUAUCGAAUACGCUGUGAGGAGUUAGAAAAGGAAAUCUCUGAGCUUCGGCAACAGAAUGAGGAACUAACCACGUUGGCAGAUGAAGCUCAGUCUCUGAAGGAUGAAAUAGACGUUCUAAGACAUUCUUCUGAUAAAGUAUCUAAACUAGAAGGUCAAGUGGAAUCUUAUAAAAAGAAGCUGGAAGACCUUGGGGACUUGAGGCGGCAGGUUAAACUCUUGGAAGAGAAGAAUACUAUGUACAUGCAGAACACUGUCAGUCUGGAGGAGGAGUUAAGAAAGGCUAAUGCAGCCCGAGGUCAGCUUGAGACAUACAAGAGACAGGUUGUAGAGCUGCAAAAUAGAUUAUCUGAAGAAUCAAAGAAAGCAGAUAAAUUAGAUUUUGAAUAUAAGCGGCUAAAAGAAAAAGUUGAUGGUCUUCAGAAAGAAAAGGAUAGGUUAAGAACAGAGAGAGAUUCUCUGAAGGAGACCAUUGAGGAGCUUCGCUGUGUACAGGCUCAGGAGGGGCAGCUCACCACUCAAGGGUUAAUGCCGCUAGGAAGCCAGGAAUCUUCAGACAGCCUCGCAGCAGAGAUUGUCACACCUGAAAUCAGGGAGAAACUUAUUCGUCUUCAGCAUGAGAAUAAGAUGUUAAAAAUCAAUCAAGAGGGUUCAGACAAUGAGAAAAUCGCCUUACUGCAGAGCCUUCUGGAUGAUGCAAACCUUCGCAAGAAUGAACUGGAGACAGAGAACAGGCUUGUGAAUCAAAGACUUCUAGAAGUACAGUCACAAGUAGAAGAACUGCAAAAAUCUUUGCAGGAUCAAGGCUCAAAAGCAGAAGAUUCAAUUCUUCUAAAAAAGAAGCUUGAAGAACAUCUAGAGAAGCUGCAUGAAGCCAACAAUGAAUUACAGAAAAAGAGAGCCAUUAUUGAAGAUCUUGAACCAAGAUUUAACAACAGCUCCUUAAGAAUUGAAGAAUUGCAAGAAGCUUUACGGAAAAAAGAAGAAGAAAUGAAGCAAAUGGAAGAACGCUAUAAAAAAUACUUAGAGAAAGCCAAAAGUGUUAUCCGUACAUUAGACCCUAAACAGAAUCAAGGAGCAGCACCAGAAAUACAAGCUCUUAAAAACCAACUGCAGGAGCGGGAUCGGCUGUUUCACUCAUUAGAGAAAGAAUAUGAGAAAACGAAGAGUCAAAGAGACAUGGAGGAGAAAUAUAUUGUUAGUGCCUGGUACAAUAUGGGAAUGACUCUACAUAAAAAGGCGGCUGAAGACAGACUAGCUAGCACAGGGACAGGGCAGUCAUUUCUAGCUAGGCAAAGGCAAGCAACCAGCACAAGAAGAUCCUACCCAGGCCAUGUCCAGCCAGCCACAGCGAGGUAGAGAGGUCUUGCCGUUAGGAACUUUUAAAACGCAUACUUCUGUUACAUGUAACAUUUCAGGAAAUUCAGCCAGCUUAUUUUAUUUCUCUCCUGUGUUAAUAUUUAGUGUUUCUCAUGUGAGGAUUUUUCUCUCAUAUCUUUUAGUUUCUUUGUUCUUUAUGGUCUUUUCAGUUCCUUUUAAUGUGCCAAAAAUUUGUAAAUGUACAAUUAAAAGUGUUGUAUAAUAGUGUACUACUUUUCUUUGUAUGAAAAUGUCUUCUUCCCCAUUUGUGUGGGCUUUGUAAAGAAUCAGAUUUUCUGCCAAUAAUUGAUACACAAUUUAUAUUCUUUAUCGUGCCUACUGUGUUACCAUACUUUAUAAGAAUGUCUUUGUUUAAAGGGAAUUAAUCUUUUUAUGGUAUAUUAAUCUGUGUUUUGAUUGUUCUCCAAAUGCACUUCAGAUAACUUAAAUAUCUACUGUACUAUAUGAAGUGGUGUCAAGUGCACUUUUUGCAAAGACAAACACAUUGGAGGAGGUGCUAGUUAGAUCUGUGGCACCGGCAGGGUCACUCAGAGGGAGAAAUUAGACUCAUUCUAAGUUUUGGAUUUCAUUUUAAAAUAUAAGUAUGUAAAAUGUCAUUAUUUCCUGCUGUCUUGUUUGCUGGCAGAAGUGAAAUUGGUGAAGAUAUUUGGGUAGAAAUUACAGAGGAUAAAAUUUGGCAGGAUUUUUUUUUCCCAUUUGGAAUCUCUUAGUAGCUAAGAAUCAUCUUCUAGCCACACACUUUUAAUUGCUCUCCACAUGUAAAGGAUUUAUUUUCAUAUAAGUAGCCUUACCUUUGGGGCAGUUCUUUGAGGCAUACUUCAUAUGCUUUAUAUGUUCUGUGAGCUUUAUCUCUUCUCAAUUAAUCUUGAUCGCUAACCUCUUAAUACCAUUUCAUUAAGAUCAGGACAUGAUUUUCUGUAUGCAAUAUUAUAACAGAGCUCUUUACAGCUUUUCUUAACUCUACCUACAAGUCCAAGAAUUGGUAACAUAAGAGAUUUUGUUGGGUCAUUCAAAGUGCUUACAUUGUACACCAUACUUACUUACGUAGAUGAAUGCCUGUUAAGCAACCAUGUGAAGCACUUUGUCUAUAUAAGGAAUUAUAUAAUUUUAAACUAUCAUUUAUUUGAAAAUAAUCUACGUUUUGUCUUUUUCUAUAUUGAUAUGUGUAUUUGAUCCCAAAGUAUAUUUAAGGUUUCCUCCAGCCUUUUU